GCGUCCCAAGAUGGCGUCGUGGCUGCCGGAGACUCUGUUCGAAAUUUUAGGACAAGGCCCAGCGCCGAGCAAAGACUAUUACCAGUUAUUGGUCACCCGGUCACAGGUAAUCUUCAGAUGGUGGAAGAUCUCUCUGAGGAGUGAGUAUCGAUCAACAAAGACUGGAGAAAUCAAAGAAAGUCACGAAGACUUCCUGGAGAACUCACGGCUUCAGGUGCAAGUUGCCUUAAUAUUUGGCACGAGAAUAUUAGACUAUGUCUUCAAUUUAUGUGAAGGUAAAUUUGACUUCCUUGAGCGGCUCUCAGACAAUUUGCUCCUGAGUAUCAUUUCUUAUCUGGAUCUUGAAGAUAUUUCCAGGCUUUCUCAAACGUCACACAGAUUUGCAAAGUUGUGCAUGUCCGACAAACUGUGGGAGCAGAUAGUUCAGUCCGCCUGUGACAACAUCUCCCCUGACAUGCGGGCCCUGGCCGAGGACAUGGGCUGGAGACAGAUGUUCUUCACCAACAAGCUGCAACUCCAGCGGCGGCUCCGCAAGAGGAAGCAGAGACAAGAGAGCCAGAGGGACGGUCCACUUUAGGAACACGCUCUCCUCCCUGCAGGGAAGUAGGGGCCAGGCUGGCUUUCUCUUCUGUGUCCAAAUCCCUCCUGUUGCCUCUGAUUAGGAACGAAGAGGUUUUGCUGAUCCAAGGUGCCAUCUGGAAAGCACAGGGUAUUUGCACACUAACGCAGUGCCCUGCCUGAACCACAGUCCCAAAGUCGUGAGGAUCAAAUCAUGGCCCCAGCACAAGGGCUGCAGGACAGGAAGCCCACAGUCCCCAUCUUCCCCUCCCCUGACACCCACAGGAAGAGAGGCUUCUGCUGUAUGGAAACAAACAAUAAACCAUUAUUAGCAGGUUUUUAUUACAUAUCUGUUUUAUCCAGGCAUUGGAAAGGAUAGCUGGGUUUUUGAAUUUUUUCCUGGUGUUGUGUCAUCUGAGUCCAUCCAUGGAACAGGUGGCUGCUGGUCCCCACAGGGGACUGUGAGGGACAAGGCCCUCCCGGUGAGGGCAGCUGCCUUCCCAACUCUGUCCCGCUAAGUUUGUAGUCAGGGCCCCGUCCUGUGGGCCCAGGAUGCUAGGCUCCGUCCCCCGCAGGUAGACACCCUCUGACCUGGCCCUGGGGUGUGGCGAGAGGGAAGUCCAGGCAUCUUGUUCGCAGACCUCGUCCAGAGUCCAACUUCCCAGGACUUCACAUUAUCAAAUAAACCCACGAACAUUUCUCAGACGGAUGCUGCUUCCCCAAACGCAUGUGGACAGCUACCACUUUUAUUACAAGGGUUUUAAAUAACACAGGCUAUGGGUAACAGUGAAAACUCGAGUACCGUCUGUGCUCUGCAACCUGGCAGAGGGGUGAAAACAGUACCCUUUUGGGGAAGGAAAUUCCACCUCCCCAAGAUGGGUUAUUGACAAAUUGUUUGCUUCCUGCACUCUCAGGAUGAGUAAGUUUCCCCAGACAUGAACUCACAGCAACAAAUCAUCUGAUGACUCCUUUCAGGCUGCAGUGCAAAUGAGUUUUCAACCUCCUGUUGCCUUAUUAACCUUAUCAUUUCUUCUUCUCUGCAACCUCCACUUCGCUAUCUAGAAAAAAUAAUACGUACCUCCCUCCCCCUCCCCAUGCCAGAGAAAUUUCCUGUGAUGCAGCAGGACCUCCCGAAGGGUGCGGAAGAGGUGGACUCUGGCUGUUUUCUCCACCUAAGUCCUUCUGGAAUGGCUCCAUAGCCAUGUCUUAGCGAUAGAUUUUUUUUUUUUUAAUUUUACUAAACCUGUGUUAAUAUCAAAUCAGAUUUUAACCCCCAUGCACACACCAUUAACCCUCAGUCGUAGAUUUCCAGAGACAUCCGGGGAGCCUGUCAUGUUGUAUCUCGAUUUAGUCUAAGCACAGGGCAAAGAUUUACCUGGGGAGGGCCCCAGGCCGCCUACUCUACCCAGGAGAGAGCCUGCCAGGGCAGUGCAGGGUGACUGGCAGGCAGUCAGGGGACACGUGUGUCUGCACCACCAUGCUUCUCCCUGAAGUUCCAGACUACACUCCUGGCCAGGUUUUCAGUGACAGAACAUAGGGAAAUGCCAUGCGUGCACAACAAUUGUGUGUAUGCACAACAAUUGUGUGUAUGCACAAUUUGGUCUGUUGAAGUAACUGUGUAAAUAUAAAAUUACAACUCAUUUGCAACAUCGAUGUGAAAUGUCGAUAGCUUAAAAAUGUCCUGUGCCGUGUUUUAUCAACUAACCGAGACUCUGAAAUCCUAUGGGCAUGCCUAAUAAUCUAGGUUCAGCAUCAAUCAGUAAGAACAUAAAUGUAGCCAUUUGAAAAUUGUUACUAUCUCUAUAAAAUAUUCUUAAAAUAGAUGCUGAAGGCAAAUAAUUAAAAAUGAGUUAUUAACAUGUUGACUGUGUUAAAUAAUAGUUAAAAUAACAUGGGUUACUAGAUUAUUUCCGUAAUUAUUUGCCCUAAUAAUCUGGGUGCCUUAUUACUUGGUUGUAAUUAUUUUUGCCAAACUAGGAACCGUAUCAUCAGCCUAAAAUCUUGCAUGGCACCAGCGUCUUUGGCAGUGGAAACAUUUUACCCAUCUCUGCCUGGCCUCAUUUCCUGUGUUAGAUCCCACAUGACGAUCCCAUCGGAUGGGAGUAGGCAGGAUGGUCUUGAGUCUGCCUCUAUCGACAGCUUUCAUACUCAUAGAUAAGUCUCCUUUGUCAAUGACAUACCAUUUCAGAGUGAAAUGCUGCAGCAUUUUAUCGUCUUGCUUUUUCUCAUCUUUUCAGUCAAAAAUGUUUCUACUCUGUUAUCAUUUACCAUUGUAGUUGGAAAAAUAGAACACUGUUAUUUUCUGAUGGUUUAUAUGUUUUGUGUUAUAGAACCAUUUAUUAACAACAGCAAAUGUGACUAUUUAAUUUAUGAACUGAAAGA